UCAAGCGAGAAAGUAACUAUGAGUAAACGGUUAAAGUACUCCAAAUUGAGGCUCAUCAAAUCGGACAGUAAUGUUGCUGCCCCAAUGCAGCCUGCCGCAGAACAGCAGAGCGAUGGAAACGACUUGAAUACGGGCGAGAAUAUCUUGAGAAGUUGCAAAAAGUCCAAAUUCUUCACAGCCGAAAGUUGCAGCCAAGCUACGUUCAUAGAAAAUGAUGACGAGCAUUCAGAUGACUCCAACAAAGAACCAGCGGUUCCAAAUUUGCGAAGGAGAACACAAUCAGAGGAUGUUUGCUCAAGCGAUGGACCAAAAUUACCCAAGUUACGGAAGAAAACACUGAACGGAAACGGACUGAUAAGUAACUUUCUAAACACCCAAAUAGUUGAGGAUGAUGACUUUGAAGAGUCGCGACAAAAUGCUGUUCCCCAACCAAAACAAACGAAAGUUCAACGGGCUGCAAAAAAACCGAAACAACCGCGAAAGCCGAAGAAUCAAUCGGAUAUUCGUAAAAUAUUUAAGAAAUACAAAAGUGAUUACGACGUGCUGCACGAGCUAAUCAAAGAUCACAGUGCGUCGGAGCAGGUCGAUCCGGAACAACUGCAAAUGGCGUUGGCUAUGUCACGGUCGCUGGCCGAUCAGGAAUGCAGCUCUGGUACUUCGUCUAGUAAAGAAACACAUCUAACCUCCGCAAGCUCCUCGGGUACCUUCGAAGAACGGCGAAUAAUUGGCAUUCGUACUACUUUGGAGCAGUUCGGUUUUCGAUGCAAAAAUAGCUACACCGACUAUGACCUUAACGUGAUUUUUGGAGCAGGAUGCAAGAAUGUAAAGAAAAUUAAGCAUAAACGCGCAACAAAUCUGCAGCUCAGGACAAGGGAAGAACUUCGCGAUUUCAUCGACAGACAAACCAGAAAAAUGUUUCCAAAUGAAAUAACACCACCGUGCACAGAUUCCAAUGCUUUAUUUUCCACUGAAAAUGUCCAAUCUUGCUUAAGCAAUUUGUUUUGGAUUGCGCAAACCGAACAAGCAAGCUCCCAUCUGCUGGAUCAGUAUUAUGUACCAGAGCUCAUGGAAACGGAUCCCGCACCUGUCGGAUAUCUUUUAAAGGAUUGGAGCAAAAUUCCUGGUCGAGAAAGUACACCUGAACGAACACUGUGUGAAACAUUUAUCGAUGGUAAAGUAAGUUUGUGCCAAGAUGUUACAGUAGCAGAAAGGACAGCGUCUCCUGAUUUGUUUAAUGACUUGGAUAGUUCAAUAGUGCACUUUAAUCAUUUGAAAGACAGAGAAAAAGAAGAAUUAGGUGACUGUGAAGAACAAGUAAUCGAGGAACAAUCUUUGAAACAACGAACUGAACAAACGCGUUUCAAUCAAAGCGAAGUGCAGAAUAUCAAAGAUACGUCAUCAGAAACGCAAUCACCUGGAAAGGAGCACAAGGAUCUUGACAAAGAUCAAGUAAAUAAAAGUAUACCAUUUGUUUGCGGACUGACUGCCCGUGAAGUGGAAGGCUGUGAGGACAACUUGAAGAAUCAGGAUAUAAUCGCAAUUGAAUCUGAGGAUGAGAGUAGCAUCGUCUUGGAUAUCAGUGCUGAAGUGCCUAUCUUACAUCGCAGUACGGAAAAUAUUUUUGAUGAAUCAGAUAUGGAACCUAUCGUCAGCUUUGAAGUCUAUUCCAGCGAAGAAGAGAAGAUUUCCUCGAAAGUGCACCAAGAGAAACCCAUCUCGAAAGAAGAUACACAGCAACCCAAUCGAGGAGCCAUCGCUUCAAAAGAUCAUGAACAAUUCGACAAUACUAAUCCGACGGACCAGCCUUUAGUCAAAAGCAAUAGCAAGUGUAUGGAAAUCGCAGAAAUUCCCCAGUGUCCAGUGGUCAACGACAAGGUCGGAGUGUGUGCCGUGCAAUCAAAUCGUGGCGAGAAAAUGCUUUCGUUUAAUAGAAUUGCCAUUGAUGCAAGACUCAGCGAAGCUUUAGAGACCGGAGCUAAUAGAGUGGAAACGGUCGAUCUCGUCGAUUAUACACCUAGUGUUGAUGAAACAAUCGAGAACAACGAUUCGAGGCAUGAGAACUCUAUCGUAGACCUCCCAAAAAGUGAGACUGUUAUAAACGAACCGAUAGAUGAAGUUCCAGUUGAUGUGAGUCAUCAUAUAGAAGAGAUCAAUAACGAUGAAGAAGACAAUUUAAAUGAAACAGAACUCUAUUACCAUCAUGAACCGCAAAAAGAGGGGCAGGUGAGGCAAGAGACAGUUAUAGUACAAUCUCAAGAACCACCAUGUAGUAAUGAUGACCUUGUAUGUGUCUCUUCUGAUGAAUUUAAAGUUGUUGAGCAACCUUCAAAUUGCGCUGAAAGCACAUUCGUUUAUCUGGAUAAUUUAAUAAAACAGUUUAAUUUACCACCAUUGAGAUUGCAGAAGUCUAACACAAACAGUUUAAAGAGUUUAAGUAGAGAUGAAUGUUCCAAGGCAACCGUAUCGUCGCAACCAUUGGAAAAGGCUGUCGAUAAAGACGGGCAUGUAAAUUUUUUUCCCUCUCCUUUUGUGAUGGAUGGAACUGCUAAUGACCUAGAAGAAGACACAAUUCCUAAUUUACGAGUCGAUGAUGCUGAGUUGGAAGUUAUUGAGCCGGAUAAAGAUACACAAGGCUUCUCAUCGCCAAUACAGUAUCAGGAUAAUUUAAACGGUCAAAAAGAACGGUCAAAUGUUAUACUUUCGCCAACGGGUGAAACGGCCUGUUCGACCAAACCAGCAUGCAACCAACCAAAAGCAAAUCGUUUCGAGGACAAGUUUUCUGAGCUUAAGUUGAUGGCGUCGCCGGCAAGAUGUCCUGAGUAUUUAAUAGGCGUAAAACCAUUUGACUUUGAAAUACCAUCAUAUGAGAAUAUGUCAACACCACAAAUUGAGCGGGAACUAUUUAAGUACGGUCUGAAAGAUUUGAAUCGACCAAAAGCUGUUAGGGUGCUCAACCAUUUAUUCGAGGCAACUCAUAUGCUCGUAGAUGUGCAGGAAAGGAUUGCAGAAGAGAUAGAAAAGGAAAAUAGUUCCACUAUCACCAGCAUGCAUAGUAGAGCAAAAGUAAAUAGCAUAUCUCCAACAUCCCGUCCUAUGAAUCAUGCCUCACAGGAAUUAUCUCAAAACAAUCCGUUGCUUCAUCCUUGUCCUUUCAAGUUGGAUCUUGGUACUGAUGAAGUAUACCUUCCAUUGAAUCCACGGAAAAAGAUUGCUUCGGUUCCAGUUCCAUUGCAUAUAGCGUUUUUUAAUUUAGUAUCUGAAAAUGUAGCACUUCAGCGUAGUAUUCUACUUUAUCAGCCAGUUGAUUUAGAUGAAAUCUGCAGUGUUUUGAAGGAAGUUGGAUUACGGUAUGAAACAAAUGAUAUAAUUGCUUUUCUCGAUAAACUAUGUAUAACUUUCCGCAGUACGUCUUCGGGUGUUAACCGAGUAAAAUCAAAUUGUAAAAAAUAAAGGUUGUGGAUGCG